AUGAAGUGGUACUUGGCGAUUCCGCGUAGUUGUACAUGGGCCGUUGCACACGUGACGAAUCCGAGCCUUUCAGGGUCGGUCUUGGAGAGGGAUGGUCGUAGUGGUACUUGUCGGUCUCGGUCGGGGCGGCAAAACAUAGUCGAACUUGAGAUGGUCUUGACGAUCCCAAAAACGCUCCUGCUCAAGGAGGUCUCUGUCUCGGUCUUCACCGGUCGUGGUACUUGGCGAAAGGGAUCCACGAAUGCGAUAGUCCUCGGACUUGAGGCUUCGUGCCCGGAGAUGGUCUUGGCCUUGGCAGUGAUUCGUAAAGGGGACUUUCGGAGACAACCCAGCAAAGGCAUGCUGCGAUCGAAGUGCAUGGAUCUUCUACCCGCAAGGAACAAAACAUGGCGGCGACUGCGGCUGAUGCGACCGAGCAAAACAGUGAGCAAGGCCAAAGUGGCCAUGGUGGACAUGAAUGAGGAGGGGCCAGGAGGUGAUGCAGGGGUUCAAACGUCGCGGUCGAAGGCUGGAAGCGGGGCAUGGCGCAAGACCUGUGGGCGCUGGAGGCGACGCCGGUCCUCGGGCGAUGAUGAGGAGGAGGCCGGGGUUGCAGAAGGUGGCGACGCGGCCUGGAGCAAGGAAGCAGAGGCCGGUGGCGCGAUGGAAGUUCCCGCGGAAUGGGGUGUUUGA